CUCUCUCUCUUUCUCAACUUGUGCAGCUUAAAAUCGCUUUCUCAAUUCUCGUCGUUGUACCAUUUCGGUUUCUCUCAACGUAACUGCAUCACGGCGGCGAUUGUGUGAGUUCGACGUGAAAUUUCAACUGAUGGGAGCGUAUUGCAACGAAGACCUAAGUAGUUUACCGGUGUUCUCCGCCGGCGCUCCGGCGAACGAGCUCCGGUUCAGCAAACAUGUCUACGAUAACGUUCAUGGAAACAUCUAUCUCGAUCCUCUUUGUUUGAAAUUCAUUGACACUGAGCAGUUUCAAAGGCUUCGUGAACUAAAGCAACUUGGAGUGACAAACAUGGUAUAUCCUGGAGCUGUACAUUCUAGAUUUGAGCACUCUUUAGGCGUGUAUUGGCUUGCAGGCGAAACUGUUCAGAGGCUAAAAAGUUUCCAGGGAAUGGAGCUUGGUAUUGACAAUCAUGAUCUUCAGACUGUGAGACUUGCUGGACUUCUCCAUGACAUUGGCCAUGGGCCUUUCAGUCAUAUGUUCGAGCGUGAGUUCCUCCCAAAGGUCAUAAGUGGCUGUCGUUGGUCUCAUGAGUCAAUGUCUGUUAACAUGAUUGACCAUAUAGUUGAUACACAUCACAUCGAUAUUGAUGCACAAAUGCUGAAAAGAGUAAAGGACAUGAUACUAGCUAGUACUGAAUUUUCUCAGCUGAAAAGCAACGCAGAGAAACGUUUCUUGUAUGACAUUGUUGCUAAUGGUCGAAAUGGGAUUGAUGUGGACAAGUUUGACUAUCUUGUCCGUGAUUCUCGAGCUUGUGGUCUGGGAUGCAAUUUUCAGUUCCAAAGACUGACAGAGACAAUGAGAGUCAUGGACAAUGAAAUCUGCUACCGCGCUAAGGAGUAUCGUAAUGUCCACAAGCUAUUUGCGACUCGAGCUGAUCUUUAUCGAACUGUCUACACGCAUCCAAAAGUAAAGGCGAUAGAGCUUAUGAUAGUAGAUGCCAUGGUCAAAGCUAACGAUUUCUUGGGGAUUUCUUCUUUCAUUAGUGACCCAUCUGAAUACUGGAAGUUAGAUGACACAAUCCUCAAAACCAUCGAAAUAGCUCCAGAUCCAGAACUUGCAGAAGCUAAAGAGCUGAUACUCCGUGUUCGCAGAAGGCAGUUGUACCAAUUCUGUAACGAGUAUGCGGUUCCAAAGGACAAGAUCGAUCAUUUCAAAGCCGUCACUGCUCAGGAUAUCAUCUGUUCUCAGAAGCACACAAGCUUGACACUAAAAGAAGAUGAUAUCGCUGUUACGAACGUCAAGAUUGAUUUAGCUCGUGGGAGAGAGAAUCCUCUUGAAUGCAUCAACUUCUUUGAGGAUUAUGAUAGUGCAGAGAAGUUUGGUAUACCUGAGGACCGAGUCAGUCACUUGUUACCAACAACAUAUCAAGACAUGAUAGUGAGAGUUUAUGCCAAAAAACCAGAAUUGGUAGAAGCAGUUUCUGAGGCGUUUGAAAACUUCCAAAUGAGAACGUAUGGGGUCAAAACUCAAGUACACGCAACACCUGAGAAAAAGAAAAGGCGUGUGAUGUAAUUACCGUGGCCUUUAAUUCAUUUCAUUUCUUACGGUUUUAUAUUGGUGUUUAGCGUCUUGAAACUUUAAAUACGGAUAUGUAUAUAAUCUCUACUUCUCUAGCAUGCGUAUAGACUUACGAUAUCGAAGCCUUGGAUUUAGACCAGCCUUUAUACGUAAGAGAAAAGGAAAAGCAAGACACCAUUUUCUUAAGAUUUCGGAUUUCGUACGGUUUUAUUUUAGUCUUUUUUUAGUCACAGCUUUGCAGAUUGUGGUUUAUUUUCUUUUCACAUGGAAGGAAAGAACGACUUUGACAUUUUUUUCAUCGGAUAUUAUUUUACUCUAAAA